AUGGCCACCCCAAGCGUCCCAGGGCGAUUGAAGACGCCCAGCGACAUCAAGCCCCAGAUCAAGUGGGGCUCCCACGAGGAGAGAAAAGUCAUGGAGCUUCUGAGUGCGCAGAUCGAGGCUGAAAACAGAGGUGAGACUGAUGAGCUUAAUAUGGACCAAACUUGGAGCCUCUUGUCAACCAAGUUGCAGGAGCAUGGAUACUCAAGAACCCCUAAAGCUUUGCAACGUCGGUUUGGCCCGCAGGUCAAGCUGGAUCAACCCUGGAAGAGAAAAUCCGGACUCGGCCAAAAAGGUAAAUCGCCAGACUUGGACGACAUACCGAACGAUGGUCGAUUCUAUGCUGGUGGCGACUCUGCCCAGGUCAAUACUACGGACUCGUCUGACACUAUUAUUGUCGAGGCGCCUUCAGCUACCAAUACAUUUUCUGCUCAAGCUAUGAAAGCUGGUCCAGGCCAGGUACGAGUAAAAAGUGAUAUCGUAUCCAUGGGCAACUCGUUGACUCAACGUAAAGCAGAGAGUAAACUAGAUAAGGCAAAAAGAAUACAUCGAAAGAGACCAUCAAGCGAGAAAAGGCCUGGCUCUUCACAUGCGACCAGCGCUCCGAAUCUGACGGCCGGACUCAGAAAGGAUCCUAAUCCAUCAACGGGAGAAUCUCAACAAUCGUUUGUGGAACCAUACAAGACCUCGGGGAUCCUCAGCAAUAGAAUUGGGUACAAUGUUGAUGUAGAAGCAGCUCAUACUCGACCUGGAGUGAAGCGGAGCACGCCUACGCUAGGGGGAUCGGAACCACUCCAAACCCAGAAAGCUGGACCUGAUAUACAGAGCCACCCUGCUAAAAAGGCGCGCAUUGAGAGCAAUCCAGAAGUCCAGUUCGCGGGUAUCAAAGGCUCUCAGUCGAAUAUCAUCCCUUCUAUUGCCCAUGAUAAAUCGAACCUGAACCCGAUGAGUUCUCAAAACCCCGUGUCUGUUUCUCAACCGAUCUUGAACCCAAUCCGACCCGUCUCGACCGAGCCCUUUACACCAACUAUGGAGUCCGUCCUUCGGGAAACACCUGCCCAGACCAUAGUUCCCCAGGCUGUCAAUAAUAAUCUGGGCGGACCAUCGGGAGGCAAGGUACCAGGUACCAAGCUGGACAUCCAGAAGGGGGUAUCCACCCUAGAGAAUGAUGUCGCAGUGUCUGAUGAAUACUACCAUCAGGUUUCAAACCGCAUGGUCAAGGCUCACAACGACGAAAUCGAAAGAGUAAAGGCAAAGAGGCAAGAGGAGAUCGAAGCCAUGGAGAGAGAUGGUGUCAAAAUUAGGGAAGCGGAGAACCUAAUCGCCGAGCUAAAGGCCGUGAAAGGCAAUAAGGAGACAGAAAUCAAGAGCCUCGACCACGAGGUCCUGCGCUUGGAAAAGAAGAAGCAGGCGAUCAUAAGGAUGCAGACUGAGUGGGCUGCUGCUGAUCCAUAA